AUGGCUCAGCCAGUACCCUACUCUGGGUCUAAGGAGGAUGACAAGAUCAUACCUGCCAAUAUCGAUAUCAAGGAUGUCGACGACUAUGACGCCAGAAAUGUCGGGGCUGAACCUGAAGCUGAUGAGAUUGAUCAUGCGUAUCUCAAUGCUUCGAAGCUCACUCGUUUCUUUAGAGGAACCCUUUUUCAAAUGAUCAUGUUCGGAGCACUAUCCUUCGUAGGACCAGCUAUGUCAGAUGCCAUCAGUAAUCUGGGUGGUGGUGGAUUAUCCACACCUUAUCUAGCCAAUUUAGCUCAGUCUUUACAAUACGCAAUGUCGUGCGUCAUGACAUUAUUUGGUGGUCCACUCAUCAACAAAGUCGGUAUAAAAUACUCUUGUCUUAUCGCUGCUUUAACUUUCCCCCUUGGUGGUUCAGGUUACUAUGUCAACGCGAAAUUCAAGGUCGACUGGUAUCUUCUUUUCAGUAGAGUCCUCGGAGGUUUCACCGCUGGAUUCUUGUAUGUCGGUGAAACAACAGCUAUGCUGUCAUAUCCUCAUGUUCAUGAGCGAGGUCGUUAUUUAGGUAUCUGGUCGGCAAUGCGUAGUUCUGGAAGUGUACUCGGUGGUGCGAUCAACUUUUCUACCAACGCAAAAACCUCUUCUGCAGGAGGUAUCCGAUGGUCAACAUACUUGAUCUUUAUCGGUUUUGAAUGUACCGGUGUUAUUUGGGCUUUAUUACUGUCACAAACCAAGAGAGUACGAAGAAGCGACGCCACUAGAGUUCCUUACUCGAAAGACAUCACUUGGAAAGCCGAGUUUGUCGCUCUUUGGAAACACGCUCAAAACAAAAGAACUUGGCUCGUAUUCAUGCCCGCAUUCUACUCAUUCUUUUACGGAGGUGUCUACGGUACUUAUCUUUCUCUGCAUUUCUCUGUUCGAGCCAGAGCUUUAUCCACACUCUUAGUUCCUUGCGCCACUAUCAUCAUGGUGAUGGGUUAUGGAGCGAUGCUUGAUAACAAGAAGUGGUCGCAAAAGAAACGUGCGUGGAUUGCUUUGUCCAUGUGGGCCAUUCCUCAAGCUCUUUGUAUGAUUUGGACUGGUAUCGAGUACAGUAAAUUUGCCAAAGAAGGUAAAAUAGCAUAUGACUACGGAACUCACGGUCGAAGAUGGGCAGAAGCGUACCUUCCUUACUUUAUCAUUUUCACUACUGGUUACUGGACCCAACUUUCGAUCUACUGGAUUCUUGGUACAUUCUCCACCGACGUCAAAUCUUCUUCUCGUACCGGUGGAUUAUUCCGUGCAUUCGAAACGGCCGGUCAAGCAGUGUCUUAUGCUAUCAACUCAAAUACAGGUGACAAGAGAAUCCCACUCUACGUUCUCUGUGCUCUUUUCGCUUUGUCCGUACCCUCCUUGGCUGCUUUGAUCAGGCUUAUUCCCGAAAAACCAGCAGAUAAUGAUGAUGUAGCAGAAGGUCAAGUGAUUAUGGCUAAAGAACAGAUGGAGCAAGCUACCUCUUAG